CAAUCUGUCAUUGUUGUUCGCUGUCAGGCUGUCAGUUGGUCGGGUCUUUACCAGUCUUUACAAUAAUUUUUAUAACAUGAACAAGUUAUAAUGUUGUAGUGUGUAAAAACAAUUUUGUUUCACAAUACUUUACUUCUGAGAGCACGCGAAGUGAUCCUGAUAUUUUAUAAUAUCAGCGUAUAUUUGUCUACUGAAGUGAGCUGCUUGAGGCAGCCGGCAUCCAGUGGGCAGCGGGUGAUGAUGAAGAUGAAGGUGUGGGGCGCGCAUGGAGAGUUCUGCGCGCGGCACCAGUGGGAGGUGAUCGUGGCGACGCUGGCGCUGCUUGCGUGCGCGGCCAGCGUGGAGCGCGGCGGCGCGGCGCGCGUGCAGCGCUGUGCGGGGUGGGCACGCGCCUGCCCCGGCCUCGAGGCCGAGUACCAGGCGGCCGACGCGGUCGUAAUGACGUUUGUGCGCUGCGCGGCUCUGCUCUACGCUUACUAUCAAGUCUCCAAUCUCCAGAAGAUCGCAUCUAAGUAUCUGCUCAUCAUAGCCGGCGUGUUCUCAACAUUCGCCAGCUUCAUCUUCACGUCCGCACUCGCAAGCCUCUUCUGGAGCGAGCUGGCUAGCAUUAAGGACGCGCCUUUCCUCUUCCUGCUGGUGGCGGACGUGGCGCGCGGCGCUCGCAUGGCUAAGGCCGGCUGGUGCGCCGGCGAAGACCAGGGCAAGCGUGUGGGGCAGGCGCUGGCGCUGCUGGGGCCGAGCGCCACGCUGGACACGGUGCUGGCCGUGCUGCUGGUGGGCGUGGGCGGGCUGUCGGGCGUGCCGCGCCUGGAGCACCUCUGCACCUUCGCCUGCCUCGCGCUACUGGUCGACUAUUUGGUGUUCGUGACCUUCUACCCCGCCUGCCUGUCGCUGGUUUCGGACUUCGCGGCGGGAAGAAAAGAGAUAGCCUCCGACGGCCUGUUCUCCGAGGCCGAGCUCAAACCGAACCCCGUGGUGCAGAGAGUGAAGAUGAUAAUGGCCGGGGGACUGCUGUGCGUGCACUUGACGAGCCGCUGGCCGUGGAGCCGAGAGGGCGGCCUGCUGGAGGGCGCGCUGCGCGACGACGCCGUCCCCAGCGCCGGCGACGACCCGCUCUUCCACUCGUACGUCAAGUGGUUCUCCGUGAGCGCCGACUACAUCGUCAUAGCCACGCUCCUGUGCGCGCUUAUUAUCAAAUUUAUAUUUUUCGAGGAACAAAAAAAUUGGAUCCUCGACAUGAACGAUAUGACCGUCAAAGAGGUUGUUCAAAGCGAGAAGCCCAUGUUCUCGAUAGGCGAGGAGCCCGCGGUGAAGGCGGACAUCUUCACGCAGACCGAGGAUUUGGUCGCCGGCGACGAACUGGAGUGGCCCGUCCUCUCCCCGAGCUCCUCCGCGGCCAAACUCAACGCCAAGAAACGGUCGAUGGCCGAGUGUUUGGAGAUAUACCGCGCGGAGGGCGAGUGCGCGACCCUCAGCGACGACGAGGUGGUGAUGCUGGUGGAGCAGUCCCAUAUCCCCCUGCACCGGCUGGAGGUGGCCCUCGGCGACCCCCUGCGCGGCGUGCGUCUGCGUCGGCGCGUGGUCGCCACCCGCUUUCACGCCGAGGCCGCCAUCGGCCAACUCUCCUACCUCAACUACGAUUACAGCAAAGUGCUGAACGCGUGCUGCGAGAACGUUAUCGGCUACGUGGGCAUCCCCGUGGGAUACGCCGGACCGUUGGUCGUCGACGGCAAGCCCUACAUGAUUCCGAUGGCGACGACGGAAGGAGCUCUCGUCGCGUCGACCAACCGCGGCGCCAAGGCGAUAGGCGCCCGCGGAGUGACCAGCGUGGUCGAGGACGUGGGCAUGACGCGCGCGCCGGCCGUGCGGCUGCCCAACGUGGUGCGCGCCCACGAGUGCCGCCAGUGGCUCGACAACAAAGACAACUACGCCCUCAUCAAGGAAGCCUUUGACUCAACCUCGCGGUUCGCGCGCCUGCAGGAGGUGCACGUCGGGGUGGACGGCGCCACCCUUUACCUCAGGUUCCGAGCGACGACCGGCGACGCCAUGGGAAUGAACAUGGUAUCCAAGGGCGCCGAAAACUCCUUGAAACUGUUGAAAAACUUUUUCCCCGACAUGGAAGUCAUAAGUCUCUCCGGAAACUACUGCUCGGAUAAAAAAGCGGCGUCGAUCAACUGGGUGAAAGGGCGAGGCAAGAGGGUCGUCUGCGAGACCGUCAUCAGCGGCGAGAACCUGCGAAACAUCCUGAAGACCGAUGCCAAGACGGUCUCGCGCUGCAACAAGAUCAAGAACCUGUCAGGCUCCGCGCUGGCCGGCUCCAUCGGCGGCAACAACGCGCACGCCGCCAACAUGGUGACCGCGCUCUUCAUCGCCACCGGCCAGGACCCCGCGCAGAACGUCACCAGCAGCAACUGCUCCACCAGCAUGGAGCCCUGUGGCGAGGCCGGUGAGGACCUCUACGUCACCUGCACCAUGCCCUCGCUCGAGGUGGGCACCGUGGGCGGCGGCACCGUGCUGCCCGCCCAAGGCGCCUGCCUGCAGCUGCUCGGCGUCAAGGGCGCCGGCCUGCGCCCCGCCGAGAACUCGGCGCGUCUCGCCUCGCUCAUCUGCGCCACCGUGCUGGCCGGCGAGCUCAGCCUCAUGGCGGCGCUCGUCAACUCCGACCUCGUCAAGUCGCACAUGCGCCACAACCGCUCCGCCGCCAACGUGCAGUCCGCCGCCCCCGCCCCCGCCUCCACCGCCACCUCCACCUCCGCCUCGACCCUUCUGCGCGUGCCCACCUCGUAACGAACGCCGGUCAGCGGGGCGACACGCGGCCUCAUCGUUAAAGCUUUAAAAAUAUACUGUAGAUGAGCGCAAUCUAAACACCGUUUACUUCUUCCAUUCGAUGACAUUUAUUGUGUCAGGGUUCGGGCGGGCUAAGCGACAUGUCAGUAUAAAGUUUUAUUUAUAUGCUAAGAGUACGUCGGCUUAUACGAAACCUUAACAAUUAACACUCCGUCUAACUCCCAUCUCUAUGUUAUCGGGUAAUUUCGGGUGCACAAAGCCGCGCAGUCGACACAUGUACUCAGCGCUGUGUCGGCGCCUGCUCUGCCUCUAAAUGUUGCUUGACAGUUUAAACUUAAUUAUUUAUAUAGAUGUAAAGUGCAUGGAUUUGCGUCGGCGAAGUCGAGUCAGACGUUCCGGCGCAUUGUAUAUUUGUCUUCCGAAUGUAGUUGUUGUGUGUCCGUCGCGGACUGAGGGACAAUGUUAAAUAAAAAAUUUUGUUAAUCCA